AUGCUUUCCAGUCCUCGAUACACGCUACAAGUGGAGAUCAAACAUACCUCUAUCAGCAUCCGGCAUGCCCGAACGCGAAAACUUCUCAACAUUCCUUGGCCUGUGAUACCACUGUCCAGCUGGUUGCACUACAUCAUGCAGGAGCAGGGAGGUUCUCUACUUUUGCAGGGGCACCACAUCUCCCACAUUGACAAAUGGAAGCACGACCUGAAGGAAUUUUGGGACUUCUAUGAAAGGGUGGACCCUUCGCACCCAACUUUCGAGCAGAAUCUGGAUAGGGAAUGCACCUUGCCUUAUUUUCUGCACGGCGACGAGGGCAGAGGACGCGGGAAACAACCUGUGAUGAUUCUCAGCUUCCAGGGGCUGUUCAGUCAUUUUGGUAAGCAGCGGCUCAACGAGAGCGGGUUGUCCACGAUGGAGCGACGUACCACUUUCACAUGGCCUGGCUCGGAUGCAAAGGAGACUGGGUUGCAGAAUUAUCCUAUGGGUGCUGGGAAGGGAUGGGACACGGUAUUGCUUUGCGAAUGGCUGGAGCACGAGCUGAGGGACUUGGAGCGCUGGCUUUUGUCACCCAUGAACGUGCAGAAGCGUUUCGGCUUCCCCGAAAACAGCGUAGAGCUCUUCGCGGAGCGUGUGGAGAAUCGUGCUAGCUGCGCCAUGGCUCAGUGCGAAUCUCUUCGCUUCAAGCUUAUUGGUGGCCUGGCCGUCCGCCGCGCCUGCUACGGCGUCCUGAGGUUCAUCAUGGAGAAUGGAGCCAAGGGCGUGGAGGUCAUCAUCAGUGGAAAGCUCCGUGCCCAGCGAGCCAAAGCAAUGAAGUUCAGGCAGGGCUACCUGAUCUCCACUGGCGAGCCCAAGAGGCACUACAUCUCGGAGGCUGUUCGUCACGUGCAGAUGCGCCAGGGCACUAUCGGAAUCAAGGUGAAGAUCAUGAUGUCCCAUGAUCCGGAGGGCAAGAUGGGACCGAAGAUGCAGCUUCCAGACAACGUCAUCGUCCACGAGCCUAAGGAGGAAGCACCUCCCAUGAUGCCUGCCGAGGAACAGGGCUACGAACAACAGGGCUAUGACAAUCAGGGCGGCUACGACAACCAGGGCUACUGA